AGACAUGGCCGAAGACAAGAAAACACCUCUGCAUCAACAAAUUAACCUGUGGUCAUGACAGAACGAAUACUCUGUUAUUACAACGCGUUGAUGUAGCUGACACAAAGAUGAUGAUGUUGGAAGGUGGCUGGAAAUGGCUGACGCUAGCUGCAGGACUGUUUCUGCUGUCUUUCGGCAGUGUCGGGCUGCUGUUUGCCGUCUAUGCCCUUGCUUUUGCAGCGGGGAGUAUGGUGAUCGUCUACGCCUACGGCAAGGUGAUGUCCCAGGAGGAUCUUGACGACACGGUCACAGGUGUCCGGCGGCCGCAGAGGGCUGUGCAGAAGAUAAAAGCAAGGAUGGAACAGACAACGAAGUUGAAAAACUUUGACAAAAGAAUGACAGGCGCCAGUAUCAUCGACGAUGCCCUCCAAGAGGUGUUGGACUACACCAUCCGAGACUACAUCAAGACCUGGUACAGACAGCUCAGUGACCAUGACCGCUUCCCCCUAGAUGUCCGACAGUGUGCCCAGAAGGCCAUCAUCACCUUCUCCAACAGAGCGAAGGAGAUAGACUGGAUGCCCCACUUCACCCAGCGACUUGUCGACGACUUUGCCUCACACAUCCGUCUGUUCCGGCGAGCGGUGGACAAGAAGGCAAGACUGCCCAAAGAAGAACGAGAAACAGCCGAUCUUGAAAGUAUUUUCUUUGACCUUGAGGUUAAUAUGGAAAACAACAUGAGUCGUGAUCUUGUAUGUCUGUCACCCGAGGCAGAAAGGCAAUAUCUACAAGACCUGAUCGAAGUUAUUUUAUUCUUACUUUUACCACAAGAUGAUUUCUACAACAAACCCUUUAGAUAUGUAGUUAGGGAAGUUUUAGUUAAUGGAGUUUUUAUGCCAACAAUAGAUCUGUUGUCAGAUCCAGACUACAUCAACCAAUAUAUCGCAUGGCUGUGCCGUGAACCAUCCUUUACUAAGGAGACAUUUCUGACUGUGAUAAAGACAAGCGAUACUGAGGCCGAGCUUGACGCUGUGAAAGACAUUAUAGAGUCUGAGAUAGCCAAGUGGCGAUCUAAGGAUACUGGUGGCAGUGAUGAUGCUGUGAUAAAACAAAACCUGAACAGUUUAGUGUUUGUCCGUGACACGUGUGAGGCUCGCAAGAAGCGGUUACAGGAAGGACCGACAGAGCCAGAGAUUCUACCAGAAGAUGAGGAGCCUGAUUUUCUGAAGUACCACAACUUGUAUAUACUGAGCCUGGACGACAUCAUGGCCAACAACAUCGCUCUUCAGUCUUUCAUAGAAUUCAUGACCAGUAAAGGAGGGCAGCAGUAUUUAUAUUUCUACUUAAAUGUGGAAGGUUUCAGGGCGGCAGCGGAACAGCAGAUCAGAGAAGCCCACAAGUUAAAGAACGAGAACUGCAAAGCAGCAGAGCCUGACCUGGAAUCACUACGCAGAGCAGCAAUGAUAAUAUAUGAUCAGUAUUUGUCUGAGAAGGCCAGCUCAAGGAUUAAGGUUGAAUCGGACAUUAGCAAAAGAACCUUCAACAACAUCAAGAGCAAGAUGCUGUCCGAAGAUGUGUUCGACACCGUGCAAGCUCGGGUGUACCAGAUCCUACAUAUCAACUACUAUGAGGAGUUCCUACAGAGCCACGCCUAUGUGAAGCUGCUGGGGGAGCUCGGCAUGUUGCCAGACAGCAAGUCAGAGGAUGGAGACACCCUCAGCAUAGAUGAUGACUUGUCUGCACGGUCGGGUUCGGUGGGCAGUGCUGAAGAUCAGGGAGAUAUCAUCGAUGACAGUUCCCCGGAGACACGGUCCCUGGACUCAUUAUCCUCCGCUUCUUCUGGGGGGACGCCGGCCGACAUAACGUACCUGGCUUCUAUAUCUCAUUGUGGUAUUGUGAAGGAGUCCGGCAAGUCGUACGCUGUGUUUGCUGUGACGGUGAAGAAACGAAUGAGGGGGGUGGAGGAGGAGGACAUCUGGGACGUGUAUCGACGCUACAGCGACUUCCACGACCUCAACAUGCUGCUCAUAGAAAGGUUUCCAGAAUGGAUUGGACCUCAUCUGCCUCCCAAGACGUUAGUGAAGAACACAAGCAAGGACUUCCUGGAGAAACGGAGAAAAGCUUUGGAUGCUUACUUCAGGGGCCUGCUGAAGCCAGACAUGUGGACCAAGUUUCCUGGAAUGGAGGAACUGGUCAUACAGUUCUUGGCACCCGGUCUCUGGGAGAAACACAAGAGUGAUCUUGCCAGAAAGAUGGACACGAUCGUCAACCCGCUGAAAACGUCCAUGAAGAAUGUCAGCAAUGCUGUCAAGAGUAUCGAUGGGAUGAGGACAGGCAAUAAUGGGGAACUGCGGGAUGGCUUCAACAGUGGUAAAGUUGGGGCCGGACUACAAGGCUCUGAAACUGAAGACAACAUCCCGCUCCGCAUCAUGCUGCUCCUAAUGGAUGAAGUGUUCGACCUGCGGCACAAGAACCAGUGGCUUCGUCGCCGUAUGGUGGCCAUUCUACGGCAACUCAUCAAGGCCACCUUCGGGGACAUGAUCAACAGGAAAAUAGUAGAUCACGUGAACUGGAUGACAUCAGCAGAGCAGAUGGCAGAGUACAUCAAAACUUUCAGGGAUUCCUUCUGGCCCAGCGCUCAACUGGCUGAGCCACGCCCCACACGCGACGAGAACACCAUGAUGAGAACACGGGUUCUGUGCAAAGCCAAGAUGCUGGGCAGUGUGUCAGAUGAGCUGCGCCAUCUGAUGGGGACAGAGACAAUUCGUAUUGGUGUUGCCAGAGUGUUCGACAUGUUCCAGCACAAAAACUUAAAUCGAAGACUUGUGUACGUUUUUCUUGAAGGAGUACUAGAGACUUUGUUUCCGACCAAUAAAUUCCCAGAACUCUUACGAAAGCUACAUUCUCGGUCCAAACGAGUUAAACCCGGCCAAUCAGAAUCUUACUCCGAACCCAGCAAGGAAUCAGUGUUACGACAACGGUCCGUCAGACGAUGAUGAAGCCCAUCCUUGACGCAACUGUCUCAACAACUUAUCUCUCACCUUCAAAGUCAACUAUUUUAUAUGAUCAGUGCGUUAUUUAUCAGCUGAUAACAUUUUUCAUGGUUCGUACUUUGAUGCAAUUAACACGUGUAGUGCUUUCAUUGAGAUUAUCAUGAAGUGUCCAAGUUCUGAAGAAACUUAAGCAUGAGGUCAUCUUCAAGAUCUGGAGCUUUUUUCCAGAUUGGGUCCUCUGUGAAACGGAAUCGGUCACUCGGAAGAGUAAAGUUACAUGCAGGUUUCCACAGGUGCAACAAGAUUAUUCCCAGUGUUAAAGCUGUGGUGCCAUCCCAAGAUCAUUGCUACCACUGUGCUGACACAGACUGUACAACAGUCUGAAGAAUUUGAAUCUUGGCCAAAUGUCUGGGAAUAUUUUUCUAGGCUCUGAUGGUCAUUUUGGAGAAUUGUGAAAAUGGUUAAAGACAUACUUUUUGUUUGUUUACAUUUGUUUGUUUAUGAAGUUUGGUUGAAGUUAUCAUGACAUAAUGUAACCAAUUGCUCUACAUUCUAUUCAUCACACUGUUUGUGUGAUAAUACAGAAGACGUAGUUUCCAGUGGACAGACAAAACAUUUCAGCCUUCACCUGCUGCUUCUACUCAUCGGACCGGAACAGCGCCAGCCUCGUGUUUCUCUCGUUACCAUGGCGUCCAAGACAUGACCAGAUCUUCAUGCUUCAUCUUUUGUUGAAGAAACAGUCAGCAACUCAACUGUGUUCCCCAUAGCAUGCUGUAUUUAUCAUAUUAUUUUGUGACAUUAUUGUUGAAGCAGAUAACUUGAAGUUGCCGAGCUUUAAGAUCAUGGGUGUUUAGGAACAUCGUUGAUGUGAAUGUAAGGUCAUCAAUGUUUCCUGACAAGCAUCGAACUACUAAAGGGAGAAUAUCGUAGAGAAUUGUAAGGUCACCAGUGUUUUGUGACAUAAACAUAUUGAUGCAAAGUUCAGAACAAGAUUAACAAAGAUUCUGUGAAUAGUUCAGGGCGAAGGAUUCAACUGACCAAUGGCACGGGGUUGACUCGAGAAGAGGGUUUUUGUGCGUGUUGCCAGACACUUGAGCUUGAUUCCAAGGAAGGAUGCGAUGGGUAAAGAAUGUUCUUGGUGCCCCCAGAGACAACUGUGCUGCAUCCAGUGUAGAACCUCACUUGCUCAUGAAGCAAUGCUGUUCGAAGAAAUCACAAAUAAGGUCGUCAGAGAUUCAAGUCCAUCCUGACACAUUUCUCGGAUUUAAGUCUGCAUCAAGUCAAAGAAUAUAGGCAGGAAACUGUACUGAACCCAAAAAGUUCAAGAUCAUGAAUAUUUUUGGAGAUAUUUUUUUCAAACUUUUAUAAAAAAAUAUCCGCACAAAUAUUCAUGAUUCCUCACUUUUUUAGUUCAUUAUAUUUCAGGAAACGGACUUGUGAAAAGAAGAACGUUAGUCAGCUUCAAGUCAAAGAAUAUAGGAAGGAAACAGUACUGAACCCAAAAAGUUCGACAUCUUGAAUAUUUUUGGAGAUAUUUUUUUCAAAAUGUUAUAAAAAACAUCCGCACAAAUAUUCAUGAUUCCUCACUAUUUUAGUUCAUUAUAUUUCAGGAAACGGACUUGUGAAAAGAAGAACGUUAGUCAGCUUCAAGUCUAGUCUAGACAGUAUUGCAAAGUCCAAAGCUUGAUGAAGCAGACACCAUACCACAAAGACCCUCUACAACAGUGGCUACACAAGGGGCAGUAUUAUCAACACUAAUAGUCCUGGUUGUAUAGUCGGGGUGUCAGUUGUCCAUAACAAACAAUGCAACAUCGAAUAUAUAGUUCCAGAUGUUUUAGUAUUAUCAUGACUCAUCGAUCACUUGUUACAGCCGUAGUCGACAGACUGGGAGGCCAUGGUUGUCAGCCAGAUGUAAGACUUCCUCACAAGUCCAUUUGUCAUGUUGCUACCAUUUUGAAAAUGUCUUUGUUUCUAUGCCAGGUAUCACGUGUUGUUGAGUGUUGACUUCACAUAGCUGUGUACUGUCCCAAAUGUUUUGUAUUUGUUACAAAUUUGCUUCAAAAAAAUAUUAUUACUUUUUUAAUUCAUAUGAAUAAUAUGCCAAUCUACAAAAACUAUUAACAAGGACUAAAGUUUUAUAUUCACCGGUCAUCUUUUAGCCUUACACAAUCUGCUCCAAAUAUGAAUAUGUCUUUUUUUUCAAAUGAUAUGAAGAUUGUUUAUGGUAUCACGGUAGCGCUAUUUUCAGGGCAUUAUCAUUAACAGAAGCCCGAGGUCUUCCAUUAACUGCCCGACAAAGGAGGGCAGUUGAAAAGCCCAAGGGCUUCUGCAAAUGAUAAUGCCCCGAAAAUAUAGCAUUCCUGUUGUUAUAGCUAAAGUGGAUAGAAUUUGUUAUCAAAUAAAAAUCAACAACAAUAUCGGUUUUGAAACAUUUACUGCAAUCAACACAAAACGAAUGUCACUGACUAACUUUUACAAAUAUGAAAAAGUCACAGAACAAACCAGAUGAUGUCACUAUUGAACAUCAAUAUGACAUUACCUAACAACAGGCUUGAUAAUGGCCCAUCCUCAAGCAAUAGGCUUGAUAAUGGCCCAUCCUCAAGCAAUAGGAGGGCAUUAUCAAGUUACAGUGGCCCGCUCAUUUCUGAUAAUAUGUGGGCGGUUUUAUGAUAAUUCUAUCCAUUCUACCUAUAAUGUUGCAUAUGUCAAAUUGAGACGCUCCAUUCUUGGGCCCAGGGCACCUGUCAGUUAGUUCUAAAAUUUUGCCAAGAGGUAGUCCAUGUUUGUUAUCAGUUGUCAAGGUCAAGGUUGAUAUCGGAUUUUAUCCAAAUCAUUCAGCCUUAGAACUUUACAGAUACCAUUCCACCAUUUCAAGUAUAUUCCUGAAAUGUUGAUAAUGAGUUCAAGUUCUCAGACAACUAAAUAGUAGCUUCUAAAUACUAUACAGUAGCGACCGUGCAGUAGUUUCUAGACACAUGUUUUACUUCUCCUGAACCACUCAGCAAGGGCAGAUAACUCUAAUUUGUUACAGAACUUGGCAUUAUGAAUUCUUCUGACAACAUUCUCUCAAUGAUAGUUUUGUGUGGUUCGAUAGCCGAGUCAGCACUCAGCAAAAAGGAAAAGGGAUAUCUAACUAGUCCAACCCUCCACAGAUAAAUUGCUGUUGCCCUGGAGGCAAGUCAUAUUGUUAAAUAGAUUUUAUUUUAAAGGUCAGAGGGCAACUACAUGGCUGUCAGUUCAUUAACUGAGGUGUUUUGUGUUCCGAAGGGUUCCAUGGGAAAACUGAUGAAAAUUGCUGAUAAAAAUUUUGGUUGAGAUGAAGAUUUUACAUGCCAUUUAAUUCAAGGUUUUCCUUUCAGUCACCGAGAAGCAGUGUGGCAGAUGAUAUCCCUGCCUAGCGAGGAUGUACACACUGCGCUCGUUCCUAUCUGCAGUGUUGUGAGGCAUACUGAAGAUAUUUAUUUCCAUGUAUACAUUAAUUUAUUCAUUGUAGAUAUAUCAAGACAAUAUGGCCAUUCAGUUGAUGGCUGCUUGAGAAAUUCAAGCCCUGUACAUAGACCGGCAAAUACUCUCCGUAUUUGACACAGAAUGGUGAAGCUGACAGACCUGUCUGCGAGUGAUAAUCAUGAAUAUAUGUGUGACACUGUAAAAUAUACCUAUACUCACAAAGAGGAAUCUUCCAAGCAUUGUCAUGGGCUAUUCCACGUUGAAUGUGAGGGAAUAGGGUCAAGGGAAAUGAGUUGUGAUAUUUUCUCCUGUGUUCAGUGUAUGUUGUUUGCACAUUCAUCAUUUUCUUUGUGUGAUUUUUCACCUUAUUUUCACCUUUCAAGUACACCUCUUGUCUUUUCUUCUAUCUUCUAUUUGAUACUUGUACUUAACAUUGUUGCCUCUGUGAGAGACUAAUUGUAAAGUUUGUUAGUGAGUGAGUAAGUGAGUUGGGUUUAACGCUGCUUUUAACAUUAUUCCAGUUAUAUCACGGCGUGUCAGCAUAAUGUGGGAGGAAAGCCCGAAGUGAUGCAGGUCUCAGACGUUUAA